AUGUACUUUUUCCUUGAGAAUUUGUCCUUCUUGGAGAUCUGCUACACCUCCACCAUCCUGCCCAAGAUGCUUCUCAGUUUGCUGACAAAAGAAAAUGGAAUUUCUCUUUCUGGAUGUUUCUUUCAAUUUUAUGUCUUUGCUUCCUUGGCGUGCUCAGAGUGUUAUCUUUUAUCUGUCAUGUCUUAUGACCGUUAUUUAGCAAUAUGCAAGCCCCUGCAUUAUGGAGCCCUUAUGAAUAGCAGGUUCCGCAUCCAAUUGGCAGUAGGAUCUUGGAUAUCUGGAUUUAUGUCUCCUAUCUUCACAACAUCCAUGCUGGCAUCACAGUUGACUUUCUGUGGAUCCAACAAAAUUGACCAUUUCUUUUGUGAUUAUACUCCAUUGCUAGUGCUCUCUUGCAGCAACACCCGCUCAACAGAAAUAGCUAUGUCUUUCAUUGGCUCUGUGUGCACGGUGCCUCCCUUUCUGCUCACCGUGACAUCCUAUAUUUGUAUCAUUGCCACCAUCCUGAAAAUCCCUUCUACCACCGGGAGGAAAAAAGCUUUUUCCACCUGCUCUGCCCACCUUCUUGUGGUUACAAUAUUCUAUGGGGCUUUGAUGACUGUCUAUCUAUUACCUAAAAACGAUAAAAAGACCAUGGCAGGCCCCAAACAAGGAAACCAAACAUAUGUCACAGAAUUUGUCUUCCUGGGAUUUGGUGAACUCCAUGACCUCCAGAGCCUUCUCUUCCCACGCUUCCUCAUGAUCUACAUUUUGACCUCGGUAGGAAACAUUGUCAUUCUUGCCCUAGUUGUCACUGAGCACCGCCUUCACACCCCCAUGUACUUCUUCCUGGGGAAUUUAUCCUUCUUGGAGAUCUGCUACACCUCCACCAUCCUGCCCAGGAUGUUGAACGAGCCUACCAGCUUCCCGCAUUUUGAAAUGAGCUGGCUGGUAGUGAUGGCACCCUCACCAGCAGUCCUGUCUCCCUCCAAAGUGUCUGACUGUAAGGUGGAACUUGUGUGCCACACAGCAGAUGCCAACAAAAUUGGCAUCAUGGACCGCCUUGCUUAUAUUGACCCCACUCUCAUGGCCUCCAUGAUCUCGGUUGCUGUAUGGAACUCAUCCAUCACCUCUUCUUGA